AAAUAUAGAAAUUUUAAUCUAAACAAAGAGCAAAAAAACCCAACUACAAAAUAAAAAAAAAUGACUCAUUACGAUAACUCGGGCAGCGAGGAUGGCCAACUUCGGAGCCCUGGCGAUACACAUUUUCUCAGGCCAGAAAGUGUGUACAUGUCCAAUGACCGAUGCGCGCGAUGGCCACACGAUCUCUCUAAAAUAAUAAAUAAUUUACAAAAAAAAAAAAACAUACAUCUUUCUUAAAAAAAAAAAAAAAAACAGCGAAACAGAUACUUUCUCGAGAGACGAGUAUUGUUUCGAAAAAAUAACAAAAAAAAAAAAAUUCAAAUUAUUGUGUACCUAAAAAUCGAUUUUAGAGUAAUGCAACGAAUUAAAGUCAUUCUACUUGGGUUAAACCCGUCCCCGUAGAGACGAGACGAAGCGAAACGCACACGAUGACGAGAAAUGGAUGGUUUUGGUUGAUGGUGGUGGCUGGCAAUGGAAAUGGUGCUGGUUAAAUGGUGAACACUUUCCAACUCCCUCAAAUGCCUCGCCGCUACUUUGUAUUAAUCGUCGAUAUAAUAUCAUAAAAACAAUCGUCGAAAUCGAAAGCGAAACUCGUCGUCACAAAAAAUGAGAAUGAGAAUACAUUCUGUUAUGGUGAUGAGAUUGUAGAGCGUGCUUUUGCAAAUAAUAAUAAAUAAAACAACAGCUGGUGUCAACUGGAUAUUUACUUCAAAAAAGAGUCCUCCUCCUCUUUUACUACUACUUCUACUACAUCUCCAUAUGGAUCUUCUUGGUGGGGGCCAGAAGCAUUCUUCCAAAGCUGGAAAUGAUUUACUUGAAGAUGACACAGAUUCCUUAGAUAUUAAACCACCGCAAGCAACAAUACACCGUGACUUAUCCGGCAAACGGCGAUCUGGCAAAGAGAAAAAACAUUCCAAAGAACGCAAGCACAAAAGCGACCACAGAGAAAGAGACGAGCGCCGAGAAAGAGGAGAGAAAAGUGACGGCUCGGUCAGUAUGUCAGGUAGCAUGGGCAAGUACAGAGGAAAUGAGCGUGAUAUGAUGGUCGACGAUCGCCGUUACAUGAAAUAUUAUGAACGUGGCAGACCAAUGUCCCAUGGUCAACAACGUCGAGACCAUCACUACGACAGAGGAACACUUGGCGAUGAGUAUGAGUACCAAAAUCGUCACAAACAUCGUGAAAUGUAUCAUCAGCACCAUCAACAACAAUACCAACAACCACCUCAUCAGCGUUACGAUUAUCACUCACAACAGAGGAACUACAUGGAACCGCCCCCGUACGAUACCCGCCCAGACGCAGAAUUGCUAGAACAAGACUUGCGAACAAGGCUGCUGACCAAACGACAUAAAUAUGUUAAAGAGUCUUCAGGGCCGCACAAUCACCACGAAAAGAGAAGUAGUCAUGAGUAUCAUCGCGAGCGCGGUGAUGGCCCCACCGAAAAGAAGAAGGAAACUGUGAUCGAGGUAAUGGAUAGCCCCGAACAACAGCAGGUCUUAAAGAAAAAACACAAAAAGAAGGACAAACCACGUCCAGUGGAAGAUCCAGAGCUGAUAGCAAGAAAAGCCAAACUCUUGGAAGCCGAACGUGAGAUGGCAAAAAGGAAAGAAGUAGCCAGAGAAGAACUAGAAGCCAGGCGUGAACUGCGCCGAGAACGAGGAGAAGAACCAGGUGCAGAAACAGCACACAAAAGUGGUCACAAACGAUACCUUACCGCAGAGGAAAGGAUAUUGAAGAGAAAAAAGCGAAAAACUGACAACGACAAGGUUAUGACUGAUGGCCUUUCGGAUAAUUCUGAAGGUCACAGUCACAAUGGAGAUGAUGAUGACCAUGAGGGAGGUGAUGGAGAUGAUAGCGAUGCUUCAUCAACCAAAUCGGAAAAGAAGAGAAAAAGGCAUAGGCGGACCAAAGACAAUGCCGAAAACUUUGAUGUUUAUAGCCACCAUGAAAACGAUGAUGAUGAGGAUGACGAUGAUGAUGAUGAUGACGACGACGAUGAUAGCGAUUCAGAUUCCUCUGGCGAUUCCGAUGAUCGGAGUCACAAAAGCUACAAUGGUGCUGCCGAAAAAUCAAAAAACAAGAAGAAGAAACGUCAUAGUUCAGAAGAAGAGGAAGACGGUGCUCUUCCAGAUGAAAGUCCCUUAUCAAUCGGAGACCUAUCAAAAUCACCGCACAAACAUAAAGCCAAUAAUUCCAGAUCACGGUCGCGUUCCGAUGCAUCAAGUCGUUCGAAGAGUGACAGUGAUUUGGACGGAGAUGAACGACGUACCAGAUCACGAUCACGCACACGAUCAAGAUCACCACGAUCACAUUCACGUUCUAGAUCACGUUCGAUAUCAGGAAGUUCCAGAUCGAGAUCUCGUUCACGCUCGAAUUCAAUAUCGAAAUCAUUAUCGAGAUCAAGGUCGAGAUCGCGCUCAGAGGAGAGAAACAUGAAGACAAGUGCUGAGGAAGAAGCCCGGAAGGGUGAUCCUGAGGUGGUUCUCGAUGAAAAAGAUGUCCCGCGCAACGAAAAAGGCGAGAAACUGCCAAAUUAUUUCCCCGGCAUACAGGGUUGUCGUUCUGUGGAAGAAUUCCAAUGCUUGAAUCGUAUCGAAGAGGGUACCUAUGGCGUUGUUUAUCGAGCCAAGGAUAAACGAACCAGUGAAAUUGUAGCCCUAAAACGGUUAAAAAUGGAAAAAGAAAAAGAAGGUUUCCCCAUUACUUCCCUGCGAGAGAUCAAUACCCUUCUGAAAGGUCAACAUCCUAAUAUUGUCACAGUGAGAGAAAUUGUUGUUGGCAGCAAUAUGGACAGAAUUUUCAUUGUCAUGGACUAUGUAGAACAUGACCUCAAGUCUCUCAUGGAGACGAUGAAGCACAAAGAACAGUCAUUCUUUCCCGGCGAAAUCAAGUGCCUGAUCCAGCAGCUUCUCUGUGCCGUUGGGCAUUUGCACGACAAUUGGAUUCUGCACCGGGAUUUGAAAACAUCGAAUCUAUUGCUCUCACACAAAGGUAUUUUGAAAGUGGGUGAUUUUGGUUUGGCUCGAGAAUACGGAAGCCCGCUUAAGAAGUAUACUUCUCUUGUGGUAACUUUGUGGUACAGAGCACCAGAAUUGCUUUUAUGUUCGCCUGAGUACUCAACGCCGAUUGAUAUUUGGUCGGUGGGAUGUAUUUUUGGAGAAUUCCUACAAAUGCAACCAUUGUUUCCAGGCAAAUCGGAAAUUGAUCAGCUCAAUAGGAUAUUCAAGGAACUUGGAACACCGAAUGAGAAAAUCUGGCCUGGAUAUAAAGACCUUCCCGCCGUCAAGAACCUGCUUAGCCAAAACUCACAAUUCACAGAAUACCCAGUGUCAAAUCUACGCAAAAGAUUUAUGAAGAGAACGACAGACACUGGAAUAUCCCUGUUGCAGGGCUUGCUCACCUACGAUCCCAAGCAAAGACUGAAUGCCGAGCAAGCUCUCAAUCACCCCUACUUCAAGGAGCUACCACUGCCCAUUGACCCGUCAAUGUUUCCCACAUGGCCAGCAAAGAGUGAGCUAGGAGCUCGCAAAGCUUUAGCCUCCUCACCCAAACCACCUUCCGGUGGUUCACAAUUCAAACAGUUGGGUCAUGAUGAUAUUAUCACGACUAAAUCAUCGGGUGUAGCGUCGGGGAUAAUUUCGGGCAGUAAAAAAGCAACCGCAAGCAAUACGGGAUUUGUUUUAAAUGCUGGCAUUGAUCAGCGUCAAUUGGCAAUGGGGCCAGGGUUUAGUUUGAAAUUUUAAGAAACAAUGUGUGGUUUUGUAAAAUCGAAUUUUUUGGCAAUAUUAUUUGAUUUUUUUUUAAAUUGUUUUCAAAUGUGUUUGAAAUCUAACAAAAAAAUUAUUAGAGUCGAAAUGGAAAUGUUUUUUAUUUUCUUUUAUCCCAUUUUCUGCCCGCCAUUAGAAUGUAAAUUUUUAAGUGUACAAGAAUUAAAAAAAAAUCAUAAAACUCAAUUCACAAAUAAGACAAACAUUAUAAAAUUAAAAAAUAUAUACUAGAUGUCAUCAAAACAGUCAGGUCUACAUGUGUGUCUGCAAGUAAGAGACAAGAAGAAAUAUAUGAAAUAAAACAAAGCAAAAAAUUAAUUUUUGAAAAA